AGGGUUGAAUGGGGACUUAACCUCGGCUAUUAGACAUGAGUCGCUGAUCCCUCCCAGCCUUGUACACAAUCUAUCAAACGUCGCUGUGUUGGUAGGAUCCUACGUGUACCUUUUUCCCUACCGCCUCUCAAGAUCUCACGGAAGCAUGCUGCCACCAACACGUCGGUCAACGGUAGCCAUAGAGAUUUCACUUUCCAGAUUUUGAACCUGUGUUUCGGUGUAUAUUCUGUGAGUACGUGUUUCGAUGCCUGGUCAAGUUCGACCCGUCAUGUCGAAUGCGAUCUUCGUAAUUGGCUAUCCAUGCCAUCGGGUCGAUUGUUGGCUGUGUGUCGGUUAUGUGUUCUGUACCCAUCACUGAAUGCUUUGACCUACGCCGCAGUUUCGAGGAGUAUAAAGACCAUGGAUCGACCGUCGUUGGAAAGCAUCUCUCGCCCAUUCUUUAUUAUUGGGUUCAUUACUUUCUGCCCUGGUUCAAGCCCUCUUUUCUUGAACUACUUUUAUUGAAUCGCCAUCACCUUCAAACAACUUUAACUUCGAACUUCUUACCUUUGAUAUGGCGUUCAAGUCGCUCUUUGCUUUAACUGCUAUUGUGGCAUCCUUGAGUUCUGCUAAUGCUGCUAUAACUCGACGUGUGGCUUGCCCUGAUGGCAAGAACACUGCAACCAACGAGGCUUGCUGCGCCUUGUUCGCGAUUCGUGACGACAUUCAGGCGAACCUGUUCGACGGUGGCGAGUGUGGCGAAGAGGUGCAUGAAUCCCUCCGUCUCGCCUUCCACGAUGCUAUUGGCAUUGGUGCUGCCGGUGGUGGAGGUGCUGAUGGGUCUAUUAUCACUUUCCUUGAGACAGAGACCAAGUACCCUGCGAACUUGGGUACCGAUGAGAUCGCCGAAAAGCAAGCUGGUCUCAUUGCCAAGCACAACAUCACCGCUGGUGACUUUAUUCAGUUUGCUGGCGCUGUUGGUGUCAGCAACUGCCCUGGAGCUCCCCAGCUUGAUUUCUUCUUAGGACGUCCCACUGCAACGGCUGUUCCACCCGAUGGUCUCGUUCCAGAACCCUUUGAUUCCGUUGACAAGAUCCUCGCCCGUUUUGCUGAGGCGGGAGGUUUCAGUCCAGAGGAAGUCGUUGCUCUUUUGGCCUCUCACUCCAUUGCUGCGGCCGACCACGUUGACCCGACUAUUCCGGGAAGUCCAUUCGAUUCGACGCCCGGUACUUUCGAUACGCAAUUUUUCGUUGAGACUCAACUUCGUGGCACGCUCUUCCCUGGUACUGCCAACAACCAAGGAGAAGUUCAGUCGCCUUUGGCUGGCGAGAUUCGUCUCCAAUCCGACGCUGACUUUGCUAGAGACAGCCGGACGGCUUGCGAAUGGCAAUCCUUCGUUAACAACCAAGCAAAGAUGAUGAGCGCGUUCAAGGCGGCGAUGCUUAAGCUGUCUGUGCUCGGUAACGACAUCAACAACAUGGUGGACUGUUCGGAGGUGAUUCCUGUCCCACCUACCUUCAACAAGGCUGCCACUUUCCCCGCCGGCCUUACCAUCGCCGACGUUGAGCAAGCUUGUGAAAGCACUCCCUUCCCUACGCUCUCCACUGACCCCGGUCCAGUUACAUCUGUUCCUCCUGUCCCUGCAUCUUAAGGAUAUGGACCUUCUGGCGGAGACUUCAGGGCGGAUUGCACUUUACUAUUGUUACAUAAUUCGAGGGCAUCAUCAGUAGUCAUUUGGGUGUACAUGGACUAUCUAUCUAUUCAUUAUAUUUUGUCGCAUAUUC